CGGGCAGCUCCGCCCUCCGGACGGGAAUUAAAAUGCUUUCUAUGGGGACUUCUGCUUCUGAUGCCAGGACUCUUUUGAAGACCUCUUUUGUUGCAUGGUUUAAAGGAAGAUGAUGUUGUUAGUGAAUUCUGAGCAUCCUUCGGGAGGCUGAUGACCCUUCUGUUGUUGGUGUAUGCUGUCAUGGACAACUUCAAACGCUCUUUUUCAAAACACCACAGGCAAUUAAUUCAACUUAUAAAGGACUCCUGACUUUUGGCAUCUUCCUAAGUCCUACCUAGAUGCCACCAGUGUUUCCCAUGUUAACAGUUCUGAGCAUGUUUUACUACAUGUGCCUUCGGCGCCGAGCUAGGACAGCGACGAGAGGAGAAAUGAACAGUCGGAGGGCUAUUGAAUCGAACACCCGAGCCUUACCUAUCAACGUUGAAAUAGUUCAGUAUGCCAAAGAAGUGUUGGAUUUCAGCUCUCACUAUGGCAGUGAAAACAGCAUGUCCUAUACCAUGUGGAAUUUAGCGGGGAUUCCCAACGUGUACCCUAGUUCUGGUGACUUUACCCAGACUGCUGUCUUUCGAACUUACGGGACCUGGUGGGACCGUUGCCCGAGCGCUCGGCUGCCUUUCAAGAGGACACCAUCCACCUUCUGUAGCCAAGACUAUGUGGAACUUGCUUUUGAAGAACCAGUUUAUCCCACUGCAGUGCACAUUCUGGAAACAUACCAUCCUGGAGCUGUAGUCAGGAUUUUGGCAUGCUCUGCAAAUCCUUACUCACAAAAUCCACCAGCUGAAGUAAGAUGGGAAAUACUUUGGUCUGAGGCACCUACGAAGGUUAACGGUGCUCAGGCUCGGCAGUUCACACCUUGUAUCAAACAGAUAAACUUCCCCACAAACUUAAUCCGACUGGAAGUGAACAGCUCUCUUCUGGACUAUUACACUGAAUUGGAUGCAGUGGUACUACAUGGUGUGAAAGAGAGACCUGUGCUUUCACUUAAGACUUCAAUGAUUGAUAUGAAUGAUAUAGAUGAAGAUGAGGAUGAAGAAAAAUUUGCCUGUGGAAUGGACACCCUUAAUAAACAGUUCAGCAUUGUUACCCUCAGGGAAUGGCCAACUAAUGGAUAUUUUGAUAAACUGCCUUAUGAGCUCAUCCAGUUGAUUUUGAGUCACCUUACAGUACCAGACCUGUGUAGACUAGCACAAACUUGUAAGCUACUGUAUCAACAUUGCUGUGACCCUCUACAGUACAUUCAUCUCAGUUUACAACCGUACUGGGCAAGGAUUAAUGACACAUCCCUGGAGUACCUACAGUCUCGCUGCACGCUCAUCCAGUGGCUGAAUUUAUCUUGGACUGGAAACAGGGGAGCCAUCUCUGUUUCUGGAUUUAGCAGGUUCCUGAAAGUCUGUGGCUCUGAACUAGUGCGUCUUGAGUUGUCUUGUGGCCAUUUCCUUAAUGAAACAUGCUUGGAGGUCAUCACUGAAAUGUGUCCAAAUCUUCAGGAAUUAAAUCUCUCAUCAUGUGAUAAAAUACCACCUCAGGCUUUCAACCACAUAGCCAAAGUGGGCAGCCUAAAGCGUCUCAUUCUCUACAGAACAAAAGUGGAGCAAACAGCCCUGCUCAGUAUUUUGAACUUCUGCUCGGAGCUGCAGCACCUCAGCCUGGGCAGCUGUGUCAUGAUUGAAGACUAUGACCUCAUAGCAAGCAUGAUGGGAGCAAAAUGCAAAAAGCUUCGCAGUCUGGAUUUGUGGAGAUGCAAAAACAUAACUGAAAGCGGGAUCGCAGAAUUGGCUUCAGGCUGCCGGCUUUUGGAAGAACUUGAUCUUGGUUGGUGUCCUACACUCCAGAGCAGUACAGGCUGCUUCACAAACCUUGCGCGCAAACUCCCGAAUUUGCAGAAGCUCUUUCUUACGGCCAACAGGUCCGUGUGUGACACGGACAUCGAGGAGCUCGCUGCCAACUGCACGCACUUACGGCAGCUGGAUAUAUUGGGAACAAGGAUGGUGAGCCCUGCAUCUUUAAGAAAAUUGCUGGAGUCCUGUAAAGACCUUUCUUUACUCGAUGUGUCCUUCUGUUCACAGAUCGAUAAUAGAGUUGUGCUAGAACUGAAUGCCAGCUUUCCUAAUGUGUUCAUAAAAAAGAGUUUCACCCAGUGACUCUCUACAUAUGCUGCUGUGGAAUUCGUUUGACAGAGUUGUUUUCCUGUAAAUUUGUGCUGAUUUUUUUUUUUUAAGAGAAUAUAAAUCUGCUAUAAAAUAGUAGAAACUAUUAAUUAUCUACACAAAUGGGUAAAAUGCAUUUAAAUGUAUUAUGUUUCUUAAAGUUGAUAUUGUAGCUAAGAAUUAUUUUACUCUGCUAAUUGGUGGCACUGCAUGUUUUUAAAUACUUGCCAUAUGUCUGGCUUUAAUGAGAAGCAAAUGAAUGUCUUAAAUGUCCCUUCAUGGGGUGUUAUACACAAUACACUAUAUUAAUAUCCAGGUGAAAGCAGAAGUUCAGUAUUUAUCAGUAAGGAAAAUAUGGGUGCUUCCUUUUCAUGUGUUUGUGUGUGUAUAUAUAAAUGUAUACAUAUGUAUUUGUAUAUACAUACACAGAUAUUGUAGCAUUCUAGUUUGGCCUGCAGCAUAAGAUUUUAUCAUCUGGCCUAUUAUUAGCUAUUUGAAAACCAGUUUAAGUGUGUAUAAGAACAGACAGAAAAGGCACUUUGUCUUCUUCGAGUUUUGGCAGUGAAUUGUAUCUGAUGCAGUUUUCUCACUUCCUUCACCUGAAAUAGAUGUAGUGAUGUUUACAGUCCAGCCUAAGCAACACAACAGAUAAAUGCAAGAACCUGGACCACCUGAACUUAGAGCAGAAAUGAAAGAUAAAAUUGACAGCUGCUUCUUGCUAUUGAGACACAAAGUUUAAGCCAGGUACUUAAUGUCUUAACUGAUAAUGUGUAGAAAACUCCGGGGUAGUUUUCUUUUUCAAAUUUCUGUCAUGGUUGAAACUUGAUUUGUGAAACGUCUGGUUAUUGUGCAGAGUACCAUGAAAAGUAGAACUUGGGGUAAUGUGUUAGCAACUGUCCUUUCACUGGCAUCAAAUCUACUGUCAGGUGUAAAAACAAGCAUCUUUGUUCAGUAAAACAGCAAUGAAAAUAUAAUGGGUUUGAAACAAGGGCAAUACGAUUUGAUGAUUUUAUGAUCACCAGACCUUAGUACUGGAUUUGUUUUGUUUGGGUUUUUGUUUUGUUUUGUUUUUCCAAGAGGAGAGUAGCUCAAAGUACUAUUGCACUCUCUCUUUAAGACUGCUUAACCUCUGGAGAAGGAAAACUGUGUUGAUGGACAAUUUCUGGAAGUUUCUUUCUUUUGCACUUUCUUGGAUGAAGCUUUUCUCUUUUUUUCCCCUUGAAUACCACUGCUCUGUACAGCUUUGGUUUAGAAUUUUACCUUUUUAGCCAUUGUUGAUGCAUAUGGACCAUAAAAUAUAGGCUGUCUUUUGAUACUGAUUCUGUUAUUCUUGUACUGAUGGCACUUAUUACCUACUGGAAUAAGAAGAAAAAUACUUUGUCUGAGAGAAGUACAGUAUUGUACUGAAGAUCAGUGACAAAGAACACUUCAGUUCAUGCAGUAAAUAAGCAACUGCUACUAGAGGACUGCUGCAAAUCAUUAAAAAUCUGACAAUCUCUGUGACUCCUGAAUGACUGCUUUGAACUCUUUGUGCUGGUGCCAAUACUUUAUAAACCAUGUCAUGAAACAGCUACAGAACAUUUAUCUGAUUUUAUUGAAAGACCUAGUUCUUCAGAUUUUUAAAUUUUGCUGAAUCUCUGGGGAAUUCCAGAUCCAAAGAAGGGCAUGCACAGUUGGCUUUUUGAUUUUUUUCCCUCCACACAGAUGGCACUAUGGGAUUUCCAACUAGUUUAUGCCGUUCCAUUUUUUUUUCUUCUUUAGAAAUCUGGGCAUUGUCAGAGAACUUUAAAUUGAUUUACUUUUUUUUUCCAUACUGAAAGAUGUCAGCUUUGGUAUGAUUCUCUGUGAGACCUCAUUUCUCUCAAUCAUGUUUGGGUUCAUUUGUUUUUCUGUGAACUUUUAACUUUUUUUAGUCUAUAUUUUUCAUUCUAAUUAUUAAACAUUAUUAUUCUAGUUACAUGAGAACACAGGUACAGAUAACGGGAGUUUACAAAGAACAGAGUUCAAAACAAAUGUAUUUGUUGUAAAACUUCACUUCUCAGGGGUUGUUCUGUGUUUAUCUCCUUUUUUUCCUAUAGAGAUCCAUUUUGUUUGUUUUUCACUGUAAAUACAAUGGGAUGUGGAUGAAGUGAUAGCCAUUGUGCCUUCAAACUGGUAAACUUGGUAGAUAAUAGAGUUUUUCUCAUCAAUUAAUCAAAUAAUAAGUGUUUUUGUAAUCAUGUACAUGUAAAGAGUUUCAUAUUUGAAAUAUUGGUUGCUUUUUAGGUAGCAUAAAGGAGGUUUAAAUUGAAUUUUUGUUCAUACUGGAGGAUCUUUUCUUUCUUAUGAUGCAUCUUCUGUUUGAAAAUGUUUUUUCCAGGUAUUCUCUAUUGUCACUUGGAAGAUAAAUUGAAGUUGACCUUUUAUUUGGAUUGUUUAAAACUUGUUUAAACAAACAAAAAAAAAAUUGUUUAAACUAUUACCAACAUAUAAUGAAUUCAAAGAGCAAAGAAGCAAUUGGGAAUGACUUCCAUCUAUAGUUGUAGAUUCAACCUUCAGUCAGAGAGUAAGAAACUUUUAGCUAUGGCCUUAUAAGUCCCAAGAAGUCUUCCAGCAAAACAGUUAGACCAGACUUGACAUUUGUAAUACUUGUAGGAUAAAGAAAACAACCUGCUUUUAGACCUUCCUCAUAUGUCACAGAGAAGCAAGAAUAGGACGCUGUCUCUUUAGUUCUGCUAUCUUAUACUUGUGUCUAUUUAUUUAUAUAUAUAUGUAUACAUAAAUUAUAUAUACACACAUAUACAUUCAUGUGUUUAUAUGAAUUCUUUGGAUGUGUGUACAUACAUAAAUAUAUAUGUAUAAAUCUCAAAGUUUUUCAUGUAGGAAUUACUUUUGUAAAGUGAGUGUAAUAGCAAAAGGUGUUUCAUAGCAGUUCUGCUUUCAACUAUUGCUUUACUCUACCUGGAGACUGAGUUCAUCUCCACCCAUGCAUCAGGAAAAGCCUGGACAGAUGUGCUGAAUUUCCAGUGUUGCUUUGCCAAAGUGCCUUUUCAUUUGCUCGUGGAUGGUGUUACAGGGUAUGAAGAGUGAAUGCAAAGUCCCAUAACUACUGUGGACUGUCUCCUUGCAAAGCAGUCGUAUAGAGGGAAACUUAUAUUCUAGUUUCAUUUAAUCCAAAAUGAAUGAUGUCAAUUCCUUCACUGGAUUAAUUUAAUUACUCUUGAAUUGGGUCUCAGCUCCAUCACUAGACUGUCCCUCAGUCAUGUUAUUUAUAUUCUUCUGUUAAGGAAUAUUCCUUUUUCUUUACUUCUGUUGUUUGAUUAUCUGUCUUUUUGAAGCUUUGUAGAAGAUGUACUUUGGCACCAAAUAUUAAAAAAACCAUGGCUGUCGUGUUCAAAAAAAAGGGGUUUACUCUGAACUGCUCCUGUUUUUAAACUAAAGGGGAUCUUCCUCUGUGUGAAAUUGAUGUGGGAUGGCCUGUAGGUAAAGAUGUAAUUUCUUGGGUAAUUUUAAAAACUAGUAUGAUAACUUUACCAUUUAAAGCAUCUUCUUAACUCUUCAAGGCUUUAAUUCAGCAGUGUACUUACUUGUAUUCAUAAUUUUGAGAUGUCUGGCUACAUAGCUCUAUAAAAUGGAUGGGGUUUCUGUUCUUUAAAUUAUACACCUGAUUAAGUCAUGCUCCAUUAGUGAGCAUGACUUAUAUAGAACAGUUUUGCAUAGGAGCUUAUAAUCCUCCACGUACUUGGAAGUCCAAGUUUCAGACAAAAAAACCACAAACAAACAAAACCUUUGUAUUUCCUUAGAGCUCUUAUGCUAAGUUUUCCAGAUACAAGAUGUCCAGUAAUCAUGGUACACAGUGAGUAGAAUUCAUCUCACUGAAUGUUAGUUCUCUGAAAGUUAGACAUCUACUUCAAGGAGGAAUCUGGGCACCGCUGGGGAGUUAUUAAUCUCUUAAGGCAGACAUUUCAGGAAAGUAGAAUGAAUCAUGUUCUAGAGAGCCUCUCUGGAGACUGUGGAAGCUGUGAUUUAGCUCAGGUUAGAUACUAAACUGAGAUUAAUUCCAUCCAGUGCUGUACUACCUGUCUUGAAAAACAAGACUGAAACAACAUCCAUUCUUAAACCUUCAAAUCCUUCAAAUUCUAUCCAGAGAGAAGCAAAAAAAAAGAAAUUCUGAGGAGGAAACCUUGAGGAAUUUUCUUAAUGCCGGGAUCUGCUUUUGCUCCUUGCUAAUACCUGUGGUAUAUAAUUUGUUUUAUUUUGUUAGUUUGGCUUUUGGGUUUGGGUUUUUUGGAAAUGCAUCCUCUUUCCCUGUACCAGAAUCUCAUGUACCUAACUGGCUGUAUGUAUAGUUCCAUAAAUGCGUGAAGUGAACAGGCAAACAUAAUUAACUUAUUGCCACUAUUUUGGUAAUAUUUCAUAGUGCUCUAAUAAAGACUGAGUAGUUUAACUGCUCUACUGUCAUCAGAAAUGUCACCCACUGUGCAUUUGCAAAAAUUGUGUGCUGAGUCCUGGUUCUUACUGUGUAUACUUACUGCAUCUUAUGGAGUAUAUUUCCCAUGUCACAUCAGCAGGACUGCUAAAUUUACAAAAACUAAAUAAAAUGUAGCAUUUUAUUAUGAGGACUAUGGGAGUGACUUUAUAUGUGAUUUACAUGUUCAUUACUGCUCUUUUACAGUGAUUCUGUAAGUUGUAGCUUUUGAAAUUACGAGACUAGAAAUCCCUAGUUUAAUGUAUCUGCACACUCUGUGUCAGAUGCAGUCAGUGUUUUUUCCCAAAUGAAGGCAUUAGUCCUUCACUGAGAUGAUGAUUUCUGUGAUUUUUAGAUAUCUGACUUGAUAAUGAAAUGCAAGAAGGUGCUCUUUAAUAAAUUUUACCAGCACAGGAUAAAUUGUUGUAACUGACAUUUGGAAGGGCUGAGAAAUGAGUGUUGCAUGUUACAGAUCCUCAUGAGCUUCAGAGAAGGGCACCAGCAGGAAGAGUCUCAUUAAGAAGACUCAGCCUCUGAGUAGGAGGCAAUGGUGAGAUUUUCCUUUUCAGCUAAUGGACUAAAUACUUUUGUUUGAGUUACAUAGCUCUGGUUUCUGCUUGUCUUGUUUUCAUUUAAGGAUGGUAAAUGGUGCAGUUAGGACAGACAUCCUAAGCUGAAGGACAUCCAUUGUGAGGAGUGAAGUUUUUCUGUUGCAUGUUUUGUUUCAACUUUUCUAAAAAUAAAAGAAUAAAAAUACCCUCAACUAUUUGAGUAAUCUAUUCCUUAGCUUCUGAAGAAAUGCAAAUGUCAAGAAGAUUGAGAAAAGGAAAAAAGGGUACUUAUCCAGAUUUAUCUGGAAACUCAUGGAAGGGUAGCCAGAGCUAUUUAUAGAUGUGAGGAAAGUAAGUGCCUUGUUCUAGAUCAGCUGUUACCUUUCCUAGAAACAUAGCUUUCCACAUAGAAUCACAUGCUCGUACUUCUAAAUCAAGAUUUACCAUUUAGAUGCUCUUAAUGUUGACCUUUCGUGUACAUGUUUGUGCAGUAAGUCAGAAUGUCUCUUUGUUUCACUUCUAUCAACUACAUAAAAAUAGUUUUUCUUUGCCUA